AUGUCUUCACGGCCAGAUCUCAAGGUCGACGACGAAGUCGGUUUCAUUCGCUUUUACAAAGACCUCCCCACCUCCGACAACAAUGAGACCAUCCGCGUGUUCGAUCGAGGAGAUUGGUACUCCUCGCACGGUGCAGAUGCUGAGUUCAUCGCUCGUACCGUGUACAAGACCACCUCCGUUCUCCGCAACCUCGGCCGCAGCGAAACUGGCGGUCUACCCUCCGUCACCAUGAGCGUGACCGUGUUCCGCAACUUCCUGCGCGAAUCUCUGUUCCGUCUCAACAAGCGUAUCGAGAUCUGGGUCUCUGGUGGUGCGGGCAAGGGGAAUUGGAAGCUGGCGAAGCAGGCCAGCCCCGGUAACCUGCAGGAUGUGGAGGAGGAGCUGGGCAGCGUGGGUGCUUUGUCUAUGGACUCUGCGCCUAUUAUUUUGGCUGUGAAGAUCUCGGCGAAGGCUGCCGAGGCAAGGAAUAUCGGUGUGUGCUUUGCUGAUGCCAGCGUGCGAGAGCUGGGCGUUAGCGAGUUUCUGGAUAACGAUGUCUACUCCAACUUCGAGUCUCUGGUCAUCCAGCUCGGUGUUAAGGAGUGCUUGGUGCAGAUGGAUGCUGCACGGAAGGAUGUGGAGCUGGGAAAGAUUCGAGCCAUCGCAGAUAGCUGUGGAAUUGCCAUUUCUGAGCGGCCCGCGGCGGAUUUCGGCGUGCGAGAUAUCGAACAGGAUCUGACUCGAUUGCUCCGAGAUGAGCGCUCGGCCGCUACCCUGCCCCAGACGGAGCUUAAGCUUGCUAUGGGCUCUGCCUCGGCUUUGAUCAAGUAUCUCGGUGUGAUGUCUGACCCGACCAACUUCGGUCAGUAUCAGCUUUACCAGCAUGAUCUGUCACAGUACAUGAAGCUUGAUGCAUCCGCACUCCGUGCUCUGAACCUUAUGCCCGGUCCGCGGGACGGUGCCAAGAGUAUGAGUUUAUUCGGUCUGCUGAACCAUUGCAAGACCCCUGUGGGAAGUCGCUUGCUUUCGCAGUGGCUGAAGCAACCCCUGAUGGAUCUAGCCGCGAUUGAGCAACGUCAACAGCUUGUUGAGGCGUUUGUUGUGAACACCGAGCUCCGUCAAACCAUGCAAGAGGAGCACCUGCGCGCGAUUCCCGACCUCUAUCGACUCGCCAAGCGUUUCCAGAGGAAGCAGGCGAACUUGGAGGAUGUCGUUCGUGUAUAUCAGGUCGCCAUUCGUCUGCCCGGCUUCGUCGGUGCUUUGGAAGAUGUCAUGGAUGAACAAUACCAGUCGCCGCUGGAGAAGGAGUAUACAUCCAAGAUCCGGGCUCACUCGGAUAGCUUAGCCAAGCUGGAGGAGAUGGUGGAAACUACAGUUGACCUUGAUGCCCUGGAGAACCACGAAUUCAUCAUCAAGCCGGAGUUCGACGAGGGCCUUCGGGUGAUUCGCAAGAAGCUCGAUAAGCUACGCUAUGAUAUGGAUAUGGAGCACCGUCGGGUUGCCAAAGACUUGAACCAGGAAAUGGAAAAGAAGCUUUUCAUGGAGAACCACCGAGUCCACGGCUGGUGCUUCCGUCUCACUCGUACCGAGGCGGGCUGCAUCCGCAACAAGCGUGAGUACCAAGAAUGCUCGACGCAGAAGAACGGUGUGUAUUUCACCACUUCAACUAUGCAGUCUCUCCGUCGGGAACACGACCAGCUGUCUUCGAACUACAACCGAACCCAGACCGGCCUUGUCAACGAGGUCGUCAACGUCGCCGCUUCAUAUUGCCCGGUCUUGGAACAGCUCGCUGGUGUCUUGGCUCAUCUUGACGUUAUUGUCAGCUUUGCCCAUGCGUCUGUUCAUGCUCCGUCAGGAUAUGUCCGUCCAAAGAUGCACCCCCGAGGAACGGGCAACACUGUUCUCAAGGAAGCCCGUCACCCAUGCAUGGAGAUGCAGGAUGAUAUCUCCUUCAUCACCAAUGAUGUUUCUCUGAUCCGUGACGAGUCUUCUUUCCUCAUUAUCACCGGUCCCAACAUGGGUGGUAAAUCGACCUACAUUCGCCAAAUUGGUGUGAUCGCGUUGAUGGCCCAAACUGGCUGCUUCGUCCCCUGCACCGAGGCCGAAAUGACAAUCUUCGACUGCAUUCUUGCCCGUGUUGGUGCUAGUGACUCGCAGCUCAAGGGUGUGUCGACUUUCAUGGCAGAGAUGCUUGAAACCGCCAACAUCCUGAAGUCCGCCACUUCAGAGUCCUUGAUUAUCAUCGAUGAGCUGGGCCGUGGAACCAGUACCUACGAUGGGUUUGGCCUGGCAUGGGCUAUCUCAGAGCACAUUGUGACACAGAUCCGCUGCUUCGGACUCUUCGCAACUCACUUCCACGAACUUACUGCAUUGGCGGAUCGCUACCCCAAAGCCGUGCAGAAUUUGCAUGUCGUGGCCUUCAUUGGUGAUGGCACCGAGAACCACGCCGAAGCGGAGGAGAAAAAGAAGCGACAGGUCACGCUGCUCUACCGCGUCGAGCCGGGCAUUUGUGAUCAAUCAUUCGGUAUCCACGUCGCCGAAUUGGUUCGCUUCCCAGACAAGGUUGUCAACAUGGCCCGUCAAAAGGCUGAAGAGUUGGAAGACUUUACUUCUGCGAGUGGCGAGAAUGUUGGUCAACAGCCUGCACCCUCGCUGGACAAGUACUCCCAGGAAGAAGUUGAAGAAGGCAGCGCACUUCUCAAGGAGAUGCUGGUCAAGUGGAAAGCAGAGAUCGAAGGCAAGGAGCUAUCCCCAGAACAGAAGCGCCAGAUAAUGCGCGAUCUGGUUCAAGCAGAUGAGAAAUUGCAGGGGAACAAAGUGUUCCAGGGCAUCAAGGCUCUAUAA